AUGAGCAGGACACCGCCGGGCCAGGAGUCGCUUGUCCCGUUCAGUGAUCUUGUUACUACACUCCGAUUUCCCGCACCUGCACCUAAACCUCGUCGACGCACUCACGAUCCGAUAUGGGACAAACUAGCCAGGAAGGUGCCAAAGACCGAGGCCGACUGGCAGACUGUUCGCCGUCGCUAUGACUUUGACUCGCCGGAAAGGAUCCCCGGCACCCUAGCUCGACUACUUGACCCCCUGGAGGAGAGCAAUCUACACAAGAUCGUUUUCUUGGCAGGCUGCAGUGUCGACUUGCAUGAAGCCAGUGACAAAGAGCCAGUCUACUCAACUUUGAGACAGUUCUUGGGUAACCCUAAGCUCCCGUCAAGCACGCUGGAUAGAUAUUUGCUCGCAGUGGGCAGGCUGAUUGAACUUCUUGACAAAUUAUACGUGCAGGGGCUUCGGCACCGUGCGCUGGAACUGAUUCUUUACGUACCAAACGACAUCGCACAUAUGCGACAAUAUGGAGAACACCAAGACCGAUUCUUUCAGUCUAUCCCGAUCACUAAACCUCCGCCAGAGGCUCAAGGCUCCAUAGUCCUUUACAUCCCAUUUUUACUUCACUACAUACGUCCUGACCUUGAGUAUGAUCGUAUUUGUAGAGCCUUAGGGACUCGUCUCUUCUUAGCAGAGGAGUUUCAACACUUCUCCUUGGCAAUUCGUACCCACAGACUUGACCCGUGUCUCCCCCCUCUGCCUCCCCCUAUCACGCCCCCUCUUCGGUCUAUACAGCACUUCGAUACUUUUGACAUAUCCGAGAACCUACAGAAGGGAGUACUCAAUUCAGCCAGUCAACUGCGUGGGUUCAACCCAGCGCCUCCCGGCCUCACCAGCGAAGUAGAUCUCUAUGCCUACGAGUGGUCAACUGCCCAUCAAGCUGUAGUUGAUGAAGCAAUCAGAAGUUUGAUAUCACUCAAGUUUCUCAAUAAAGGAGAACUAUGCCGGACCUCAGCGCAUGCAAUUCACCACGAAUCUGGCACGCUCUUGACGCCGAUUGGUCUCGAUGGGUGGGUAUGGACUUGGGCUAAAAUGGCUUGCCUGGAGUCCCGAGUCCGGGUUGCUGAUGAAUCAAGGCACUUCUCUAUUCACUCACAGUCCUAUCGACUACAUACUGAUCCGGCUAUCGCCCUUCACUUGAAUACAAUCACGCCUUUGAACCCAGGAAGAAGGUCUAUCGCGUCCUCGUUGUUGUCCUUCCCAUCAUCGUCUUAA